AUGGUCCGCACGAGCAAGCUUAGCGGUGCGUCGAGAUUAGAUAUUCCACAGAAGAUUUUCUGGCAGUAUAUAGAGGCCUCGGUCGCUGUUAUCAUGGGUUCUCUGACUGUUUUCCGCAACUUACUUACUCUUCCAACGAAGAGCAGCAAUGAACAACAGCACGGGAACAGGGUCGGAGUAAUAGGCCUCCGGCCGCACGAACGCUUUUCUUACAGGAUGCGAUUUUUGCGCCUUAAAAAGGAGCACAUAGAUAUCGAGUCCCAGAAUGGGUUCCCCGAUAUUCCACGUGCCACUAUGACGGGCAUGCGCACUUUCAUCCGGUGCAACAGUCGCGAUCCGAUUCUAACUGACAUAUCUCAGCAAAGCACCGUCACUGCGAGACAAUAUGAGGACACACAUCAACUCAUCAUGCAUAAUGCGCAUUCUUUCGAGAGCCCACAGAAGGAUAGGGGGUAG